AUGGACACGCCGAGCGGCACCGCCAAGCGCAAGCGCUCGUCCGCCGAAGCCCCGGCCCCCGUCGGCGUCGAAGACGUAUCCGACACCGAGGUCGAGGAGUUCUACGCCAUACUCCGCCGCAUGCGGGACGCCUCCCGCCGGCUCGUCUCGGGCGGGGUCGCCGCCGCCAGGGCCAGCGCCCCGGCUCCGGCCCCGCGCGCGCCGGCAUGGUGCCCCAGCUUCUCCUGGGAGGACUUCGCGCCGCCCGCCCCACCACCGCCGCCUCCAUCGCAGCAGCCCGCCGACGAGCGCGUCGCCGAGAACGCCACGCCGCCGCGGCGGCUCGUCCCCCGCGGCCUCGACCUCAACGCCGAGCCGGAGCCGGAGGUCACCCCCUCGUAG